AGAUCCCAGCAAACCUAGCAACUCGUAUAUCGGCACAUAUCAUCCACGACCGUCUGCGCGAGUGUUUGCUGGAGUUUAUAUUCUCGAUUAUUGUGUGUGUGCGAUCGCGAUCAUGUCAUCUGAACGAUUUUUAUUCAUAUAGGCGGUUACCUAUGGGUUUUUAUUAAGUUUAACUCAAAAUAACAUCGAUAUAUAAUCUUGAUCAUCGGUUAUUUAUAUUGUCGUCCGGUCGACCGAAUCCUACUAGGACAGUUGUAGGACUAGAGUCGACAUCAUAUACACCUACACACGUACCUCAUCAACAGAAAAUAAAGCCUUGUAAAUCACUAUAGGUAGGCGUCGUACGCGAGUAUCGUCAUCAUGACGAUUUACAUGCCGAAAUUCAGAACGAUGCGUUGUGCGGUGACGUUAGAGCCCAUGCUGUUCUUGUACUUCGUGGCCAACGUGCUGUCGAACAACGUGGGCACGAACAUGCUGCUGCACAAGGGAUGCAACCCGAACGCGACCGCGGAACCUGACCUGCGCGCCUCGCCGGAAUGCAUGCUGGAGAACGGCGCGCAGCACGGCGUGUCGUCCAUCAACGUGUGGAAGCACAUCAUCCAGGAACUGGUGUCGCUGGUGUUCAUCAUGUUCGCCGGCCCGUGGAGCGACCUGCACGGCCGCCGGCGCCGGCCGCUGAUGUUCGUGCCGGUGAUCGGGCAGAUGACGUGCGACGCGUUCAACCUGCUGUCCGCCCUGUUCUGGGGCAGCGUGUCGCCCACCGUCACCGGCAUCGCGCAGUCGGUGAUCAUAUCCGUCACCGGGUCGCAGCACUGCUUCUUCAUCGGCAUGUUCGCGUACCUGGCCGACAUCACGGACACGUCCAACCGGACCAUGCGCAUCGGGUUCGCGUCGGCCGUCCUGCCGCUGGCCGCCACACUGGGUGCGCUGUCCGGCGGUUACCUGAACGUGAGGCUCGGGUUCGCCGCCGUGUUCGCCCUGAACGUGUGCCUGAACGCGGUCGCCCUGUGCCUGGGGCUGCUGUUCAUUUACGACACGUCCGAGCCGUACAAGACGACCGGUUCGCUGUACAAGACCACGUUCGACCCCAAUAUCGUCGUCGAGAGCUGCAAGACCGUGUUCAUCAAGCGCGACAAUAACAAUCGCCUUAUACUGUUGUUGAUGAUCCUCGCCUCGCCGUUGACCGGCGCUCCUUUCGUGGGUGAAAUAGGUCUGAUGUAUUUGUAUUUGAGAAAGCAGUUUGGCUUUAAAGAAAUUAAUUUUAGUUUAUUCAAUGCGUAUACAAUGGGAAUUAUGCUAUUUGGAUCACUGUUUUCCCUUGGAAUUUUAAGUAGAAAACUUAAAAUGAACGAUGCAAUGAUCGGUCUGAUUGCUACUACCUUCGAUAUUGCAACUGCGGUUGGAUUUUUAACAGUAACUAAAUUUCAAUAUCUGUUAUUCGUACCUCCAUUAGAAUUAUUUCGUGGUGCAGCAUUAGCUCUCUCAGGUGCUAUAGCUUCGAAAUGUGUGGAAUCUCAUGAAUUAGGAUCUAUGAACUCUGUAAGAAUGGCCAUAGAAAAUUUAUCAAAAAGUGCAAUCCUGCCAUUAUAUAGUAUAGUAUACAACAAAACGCUGGAAACUAUGCCAAGUGCCUUUUUUAUCAUCAGCAUAUGUCUAUCCUUACCGUUAAUCGGAUGUUUUGGAACUACUUAUUACUUGACCCGAAAUCAAAAGGAGCCAGUUAAACCAAUCCAGAAAAACAAUUUGGAAGAUAAAUCAAAUGAUCUCAAUGCUAAUACUACUACUAAUACUAAUGAGAUGAAAUCUGACAACGUUGAAGGACUUGUGCAUAUGUAAAUCGUUUAUUUUAUUUAUAAAAGUAUUAAGACGUAUAAAAUAAAAACACCUCAAGUUGUUUAACCACCUGUGGUAAAAGGUAAAUAUACUACUUAAAUAUUUGUGAAUUUAGAAAAUUAUUAUUAAAUGUGAAUACAACAUUAAAUAGAUAUUAUACAUUUAUAAUAAUUUUGUCCAAUGUCGUUUGAACUAUUUUUAAUGAAUUAUAUUUACUAUUAAAAUUGUAUUUAUUUUUGUAAUUGUAUGUUAGUCAUACACGCAUACGUCUUAUAAAUAUUAUGUAUAAUAUUACUGUCUAAUUGUUAUUAAUGUUAUGUUCUGUUGAGUUUUUAUAUUUUAAUUUGGCCUCAAAACGUGUUUUUUUUUUUAUCAAAUAAUAUAAUUUUGAUUAGAUAUUUAUAAAUUAUAUAAUUAAUUACUAUACAAAAUACAAAAUACCAUAAGAAUAGUACGUGCAUUUUUAUAAUACUUUUAUAAUAUUAUUAUUGUGAAACUUUGUAAUUUGUUGGUCAAUAAAUUGACACUUCAAAUGUUGUUGUUAAUAACUACUAAAAGUUUAUUAGUCUUG